AUGCCGUCGCUCGACAUCAUCGAUCACUCUCCCCACCAUCCGGACCCCUCGCCACCAAUUUCCACGGCGUCAAACCUCAUCCUCAUCGACAAUUAUGAUUCUUUCACCUGGAACGUUUACCAGUACCUGAUUCUCGAGGGCGCCAAUGUCACGGUCUACCGGAAUGACAAGAUUACUCUGGAGGAGCUGGCCAGCAAGAAUCCUACGCAAUUGAUCAUUAGUCCCGGUCCCGGCCAUCCCUCGACCGACUCUGGUGUCAGUCGCGAUGCCAUUCGACAUUUCGCCGGGAAAAUCCCCAUUUUCGGCGUCUGCAUGGGUCAGCAAUGCAUAUUUGACGUCUAUGGUGGCGAGGUUAGCUCGGCCGGAGAAUGGUUACAUGGCAAGACCUCGCCUCUGACCCACGAUGGCAAGGGUGUGUAUGCUGGAUUACCCCAAGAGCUCCCCGUCACCCGUUAUCAUUCUUUGGCCGGCACGCAGGUCACUCUUCCUAGCUGCCUCGAGGUGACCUCGUGGGUAGCAAAAAGUGACGGUUCGCCUGGUGUCAUUCAGGGUGUCCGUCACCGAGAGUACACCAUCGAGGGUGUCCAGUUCCACCCAGAGAGCAUCCUGACGGCUGAAGGUCGUACCAUGCUGAAGAACUUCCUUCUGCUUCAAGGAGGCACUUGGGAAGAGAACUCUCGUCUGCAAAAGGCUUCUGCCAGCAAUGGUGCCGCCAGCACUGGCACUCCGGCACAGCCGGCGCCGCCCGCUGCUGGUAAGAAGAACAAUAUCCUGCAGCAAAUCUACGACCGCCGGAGGAAGUCAGUCGCCGCUCAGAAAGAGAUCCCUUCGCAGAGACCUGCGGAUCUGCAAGCGACGUAUGACCUAAACGGAGCGCCGCCGCAAAUUCCAUUUGUUGCUCGACUUCGUCAGACGCCAUUCGACGUGGCUCUCAUGGCGGAAAUCAAGCGAGCCUCACCCUCGAAGGGAAUCUUCGACCUGAGCAUCAGCGCCCCAACCCAAGCCCGGAAGUAUGCUCUCGCGGGUGCCAGCGUCAUCUCUGUUCUCACAGAGCCCGAUUGGUUCAGGGGCAGCAUCGAAGAUCUGCGAGCGGUGAGGCAAGUUCUGGACGGCAUGCCCAACCGACCUGCGAUUCUUCGGAAAGAAUUCAUCUUUGAAGAGUACCAAAUUCUGGAGGCCAGGCUCGCUGGUGCUGAUACCGUCUUGCUCAUUGUCAAGAUGCUGACAGUCGAGGAGCUGGAAAGGCUCUACAAGUAUUCCGUCUCGCUAGGGAUGGAGCCCCUAGUAGAGGUACAGAACACGGAGGAGAUGACAAUCGCGUUGAACCUCGGGGCCAAGGCCAUCGGUGUCAACAACAGGAAUCUUGAAAGCUUCGAGGUUGACAUGGGCACGACGAGCCGACUGAGGAGCAUGGUGCCUGAGAACACCAUCAUCUGCGCGCUGAGUGGCAUCAACACAUAUGAUGAUGUCCUGUUGUGCAAGAAGGAUGGCGUGAAUGCCGUUCUGGUUGGUGAGGCUAUCAUGAGGGCUUCAGAUACGAGCAAGUUCAUCAAACAAUUGUGUUCGGGCUCUGACGCUGAGCCGGAGAAGCCCGCGCCAGAGCCGCUGUUCGCAAAGAUUUGCGGCACACGGACCCCUGAGGCGGCGGAGGAGGCUGUUAGGUCAGGUGCAGAUUUCAUCGGCAUCUGUUUAGUGACUGGGGCCAAGCGUUGCAUUUCUGAUGACACUGCCCUAGCCAUCUCGCAAGUCGUUCAUUCCUCUUCGGCGACCCGUUUCCUGCCACCUGUGGGAUCAUCGGCAGCAGGCAAGGUCGCGACAGACUUUUUUAGCUCGGCUAAGACGCGGUUGUCUGGUUCAAGAACACUCCUGGCCGGUAUCUUUCAGAAUCAGCCCCUUGAUGAGGUGCUCCACAAGCAAAAGCUCUUCAACCUCGACAUCGUGCAGCUUCACGGUGAUGAGCCUAUCGAGUGGGCGAGCCUCAUUCCAGUGCCUGUCAUCCGCGCCUUCAAGCCUGGUCAGGUCGGAAUCGGCCGCCGUGGCUAUCACAUGGUCCCUCUUCUCGACUCAGGCGCCGGCUCUGGCAAGCUCCUUGACUUUUCGAGUGUGACUGCCACGCUAGCUCAGGACCCUGAGCUGCGGAUCAUGUUGGCUGGCGGCCUUAACCCUGACAAUGUGGUUGACGCUGUACGGGCCCUGGGAAAGUAUGCCAGCCAGGUCAUUGGCGUUGAUGUGAGUAGUGGCGUCGAACAGGAUGGCAAGCAGAGCUUGGAAAAGAUCAGAGCGUUCAUCAAGGCUGCCAAAAGUUGUCAUGUAGUUGCGUAG